ACAAAAUCAUUAAUUGAAAGAGAAAAAUAAAAAAAAAUGAGUAUGAGAAACAAAGUAAUGAAGAAAUGCAAAUUAAGAGGAUUUACACUAAAAGUAGAAGCCCUAACCGAGAUCCUAUCUUUCUUGGAUAACGUUCCAACUGAUACUGACGAACACCUCGAUAUCCUUCUCGAUCAUAUCCAGCAAUCUUUGAAGUCGUCGAUUGUGGAUAAGGAUCUUGUACAACGUGUUGGAAGCCGGUUACUUGAAGCUAUACUUGAAGAUGAUACAGAGAAUUCAGCUAUGAAUUCUUCAUCUUUCAGUAUAAUUGAUGCCUUUGUCAUUCCAAAGUUCCGUUAUGAUCCCAUCCGAAAGAUGUUUUGCGAACAUACAGGGAGACUUCCAAUUCAUGGUGAUGCUGCUGCGAAAGGUUGGCUAUACAGGGAUAGGUUUCUUUUGUUGUCUCAGAGACUAUCUCGGAUACCACAGUUUUCUAGGCCUUCAUUUAAUACUGAAUUAUCCGAAUUUGGGAGUUGUGAGAUAUCUCAAAUUCAAUCUCUGGUUGGACGUACUGGAAUCAGCUGGGUAAUGGGUGUAAUAUCUCAAUUGGAAGAUGACCAUUUCUACCUGGAAGAUCUGACAGCAGCUGUGGAAAUCAACCUGGCAAAUGCAAAGAUAACAGGAGGGUAUUUUCUUGAGAACACCAUAGUUUUAGCUCAAGGGGAGAUGCUCUUAGAUGGUAUUUUCCAGGUUCAAACAUUUGGAUUCCCACCAUUAGAAGACAGAGAGAAGUCAGCCUCAUUAUUUACAGGGCUUGAUUAUUUUGGUAGUGGUACACUUGGGAAAGAGGACACUGAAAAACUUGCGCGGAUGGAAUCAGCGGCAACGAAUGAAACAUUUGUCAUACUUUCUGAUGUUUGGCUGGACAAUGAGGAGACCAUGGCAAAGCUGGAGAUUAUGCUAGAUGCUUAUGAAGCUGUUCCUGUUGUGCCUUCUCUCUUCGUGCUGAUGGGAAAUUUCUGUUCCCAGCCAUUUAACCUUGCAUAUAAUUCUUUCCCUAGUAUCAGAUCGAAUUUCGGAAAACUUGGGCAAAUGAUUGGAAACCAUCAGCGAUUAAUGGAAAACAGUAGAUUUCUUUUCAUUCCUGGGCCGGAUGAUGCAGGUCCUUCAACGGUUCUACCUAGGUGUGCUUUACCCAAAUAUAUAACCGAAGAGCUCUUGAAGCACAUCCCAAAUGCUAUAUUUACAAGCAAUCCAUGCAGAAUAAAGUUUUUUACCCAAGAAAUAGUAUUUUUCCGCCAGGAUCUACUUUACAGAAUGAGAAGGUCUUGUUUAAUUCCUCCUUCAACAGAAGAAACCAGUGAACCUUUUGAGCAUCUUGUUGCUACCAUAACACAUCAAAGUCAUCUCUGCCCUUUACCUUUGAGUGUACAGCCCAUUAUCUGGAAUUAUGACCACUGUCUUCACCUCUACCCAACUCCACAUACGAUUGUAUUAGCUGACAGAAGCGAACAGAAGGCCACCACGUAUAUGGGUACUACUUGCUUCAAUCCAGGUUCUUUCUCAAUUGACAACACUUUUGUGGUAUACCGGCCUUGCAAUCAAGAAGUUGAACUGUCGGCCCUUGGAGACCCAGAAUGAAACGAUGAUCAAUCAUUUGCUUCUCAAUGAUCACAGAAAAAAACCAAGUAUCUCGUUUUGAUUCACAUAAAUUUAGAGUAAGCAUUUUUGUUAUGUUUGGAUUUGGUUCUAUGAUUUUUACAGAAAUGUUAUCUUUAAUCUCUAUAUAUUGCUUAAAGAAUGCCUAACA